AUGUUGAUUUUAGCAUUGAUUGUGUUGUGUUAUAUAGCAGUGCUAUUGUAUUUUAGAUUGUCAUUAGGUAUUUGUAAAUGUAGUAAACAUUUAGUGGGGAAAGUGGUGAUAGUGACCGGUGCAAACACUGGCAUUGGAUAUGAGGUGGCCAAAGAUAUGGCCCAUAGAGGCGCGCGGUUGAUACUAGCGUGUAAAUUGGAUGAAUAUGGAAAAGAAGCGAAAGAAAAAAUCGUUUCAGCAACUGGAAAUCACAACGUUGACUAUAAAAGUGUUGAUUUAUCAUCUCUAAGUUCAGUCAGAGCAUUCUGUGAAGAUAUACUCAAAACUGAAACGCAACUAGAUGUGCUAAUCAACAAUGCCGGUACAUCAACGAAAGCGUAUAAAAUAACCAAAGAUGGAUUACUACUUGAUAUGCAAGUUAAUUAUUUCGGACACUUCCUCUUAACGUAUCUAUUGCUGCCUUUGUUGAAGAAGUCAGCGCCGAGUCGUAUAAUAAACACGUCGUCGAUUCUACACAAAGCGGCAAAAUUGAAUUUCGACAAUUUGAAUAUGGUCAAUGAAGAAUAUAAUGCGCAGUUGGUGUACAACAAUUCGAAGUUGUGUAGCCUACUCUUAAGUAUGGAGUUGGCGAAGAGAUUAAGUGGUACAGGUGUGACAGCCAACUCUUUACAUCCAGGUGCUGUUUAUACGAAGUUAAUGACGAAUCAUCCAUUCAUGAAGUUAGACGCGUUCAGAUAUUUGGUCCGACCGUUUAUGAAGUCUGGAUGGGAAGGUGCCCAAACGACUAUUUUCUUGGCAGUGUCUCCGAAGGUUGAGGGUGUAACUGGUGGUUACUUUGUGGACUGUAAGCAAGCAACGCCAUCUAUUACAGCCCGGGAUAGUCACACAGCACUUAAACUUUGGGAAGUCUCUGAGAGACUAGUAGGUUUAAAAUAA